AUGGGACCCAACAAUGAGCGACACAUCGAGACGAUGGAUAUCGUUACCGAGGUAAUCGGCACCGAUAUCACUCCUAUUCAGCCAUCCCGGGUACCGCCAAACGUCAAAUUCGAGAUUGAUGACGCCAACCAACACUGGACGUUGGCAGAUGAGAGCUUCGACCUCAUCCACGCGCGUGCCUUGGCUGGAAACAUACUCAACUGGGAGAAGUUCUACCAGGAAGCUUACCGUUGUCUGAAGCCGGGUGCGUGGUUCAAAAUCCAGGAGACCUCGUUCGACUGGCGCACGCAGAAAGGUGUAAUUGCCGAGGACAGCCCAAUGGGCCAAUGGAACAAGGUCUUCCAGGAGGGCGGUAAGAAGACAGGCCGUACUCUCAGGAUUGUUGACGAAGACCUCCAGGAGAGGCUGAUGAAGAAAGUUGGCUCGUGGAUGUCGUAG